UGGUACGUACGGUGUCGUUACGAAGACUUGUCUGGCGGAUCUUGUCCAACCGGGUCCCACCCACGUGACUGAAUACACACACGGCACUUUCCUUCACUUACUUGACGGGACCCGUGAAAAGCCGUGACGGUAACCCACCCGCUCACUCACGGCACGUUAACCCUCCAAUCCACCUCCAUCGCCAUCGCCCAAUCCUCCUCCUCACAACUAACGUCGUUUUCUCUCUCCCACUAACCCUAACGUCCCUCCCAUGCAUGGCCUCCUGUGACGACGACUUCUCUCUCCUCGCUGACGAUAACGCCCCGCCGUCAAACCCGUCCCCCCUCCACCACCACUUCUCCGACGAGUCCGAUCCGAAUAAACCUAGGGCAAACGAUGCGUCGAACGACGACAACAAGCGUAAGGAUCGAGAAGAGCUCAGCGACGGUGGCACACCGUAUAAUUCUCGCAAAAAAUCAAAGCUCUCCUUCUCCGCCGGCGGAGAUUACAGGAAGGACAGGGAGGAGUGGAGCGAUACGGCGAUCGCGUGCCUGCUCGAUGCGUAUACGGAGAAGUUUACGCAGCUGAAUAGGGGGAAUUUGAGAGGGAGGGAUUGGGAGGAAGUGGCUGCGAUUGUGAGCGAGAGUUGUGAGAAGCAAACGAAAAGCGUUGAGCAGUGCAAGAACAAAGUGGAUAACUUGAAGAAGAGGUAUAAGUUGGAGCGGCAUAGGAUGAAUAAUGGUGGUGUUUCGGCUAGUCAUUGGCCUUGGUUCAAUAACAUGGAGUUGAUUGUUGGUAAUUCAUUGCACUCGAAGGCUGUAUCCGAGGAUGAGAAAGCUGUUUCCGGAUCGUCUAAUUCUCUUCGACAAUCCAAGAGGUAUGGAAUUUCAACACCAAGCCCCAGUGGACAGAUGAAUAACCUGAAGUCGUCGAAGUCAUUAACAAACCCUAGAUGGCGGAGAGUGGUUUUCAAAAUCAGUGGUGCUGCCUUGGCUGGCACCGGUCCUCACAAUAUUGACCCAAAGGUGGCAAUGCUGAUUGCCAGAGAAGUUUCAACUGCUUGCCGCCUUGGUGUUGAGGUGGCAAUUGUUGUUGGAGGCCGUAAUUUCUUUUGUGGAGACACAUGGGUUACAUCAACUGGUUUAGAUAGAUGUACUGCCUAUCAAAUUGGUAUGAUGGCAACUGCGAUGAAUUCGAUAUUGCUCCAGUCAGCUUUAGAGAAGAUGGGUAUUCAGACACGUGUGCAAACUGCAUUUGCUAUGCCGGAGGUUGCUGAACCAUACAAUAGGCAAAGGGCUAUUCGGCAUCUUGAAAAAGCUAGGGUUGUAAUAUUUGGUGGUAUUGGUGCUGGCACCGGAAAUCCACUAUUCUCCACUGAUACAGCAGCGGCUCUCAGAGCUUCAGAGAUUCAUGCUGAUGCAGUCCUCAAAGGUACCAAUGUAGAUGGUGUCUAUCUUUGUGAUUCCAGAAACAACAACGUCGUCUCUGAGCACAUUUCCUUCAGGGAGUUGGCCUCUAGAGGUGCUUCCCCUAUGGACACGAUGGCAGUAACAUUCUGCGAGGAGAAUGGAAUUCCUGUUGUGAUAUUUAAUCUUCAUGAGCCUGGGAACAUAUCAAGAGCAUUAUGUGGAGAACAAGUCGGUACACUGAUUGAUCAGACGGGAAGAGUUAGCUAAUAUUUGUGGAUCAUCAUCUCUCUGAUUACAAUCUUUAGCAUUUGAACCUAUGAUCGACCGAUCAUGUGCCAAACUACCAUUUGGUGGGUCUUUCUAAAACUAAUAGAGAACUCAGUCGCGGUUAGGGAAGAUCUCCGAAAAAUAGUACACCGGUUAAGAUGUUGCAGCUAACUUACUUUCUACAGUGAUGACAUGAUUAAUGAUUUGCUUUAAUCCUUGUCCUGUUGUGGUUUCUCUGUUGUAUUUCUCAUAUCGUAGAUUGUUUGGCUUUUCAUAGUUAAUAGUUGGGAUAGGAGAAAGGAGUGACGCAAAAUGUAUUAACAGUGUAAUGUACUGAUAAAAGUUUUUGUCGCUUGUCGAUGCUAAUAACGUUCAUGAUGCAUUAUGGUUAGCUUAAGAUUUUGAUUAUGAGUGGACUUUGAAUUGCUGGAGGGUUUAAAGUGUAUCACAGCUGUUGGUUUA